GAUCAAUCUGUCUUGUCGCUUGGCCUGGGCUGCAGCUUUCUGUGCAUCCAGAGGCAUUGGGGUUGGUGGUCCUGUUGCUGUUCCUCCUCCCGUUGCUGCUGAUGUCGCCAUCGCCGUUGCCGCGGCUGACUGUGAUUUAUUGUGAAUAGAAUUAGAUUGGGUCAACAAUGAUGAUGAUAAUGAGGAAGAGGAAGAGGAAGAGGAGGAAGGUGAUGCGUCCCGCAGGGUGGGUAAAAUCUGAACGGGAUUGCUCGGCUUUGCGGGUGCAGGAGCGAUAGCAAUAGCCGGAGGAGGGUGCGGGCUUGGACUGAUCAUUGCCAGCCGCUUCUUUCGUCCUCGUUUCUUUUUGGGUUGCUCACCAUCGGAGGAUGAAGAUGACGGUGAGACAGGGUAGGCUGUGUGGUUGUGGUUGUGGUUGAGAUUAUGGUUGAGGUUAAGGUUUUGGUUAUAGUUGUGGUGAGGCUGUUGGUUGUUGAAAAGAAAAGGUAGGUUGGCAAAAAAGUCGGAAGGGAGACACGGGUCCAUCUCUGGCAUGGCUGUCCAAGGAUAGGAUUCCAAUGAAAGCGCUUCUUCGAAUGCAUGGUGGUUGUAUGGUAACUCAUCGGGUUUGAUUUCGUUCAUUGUGAGGUCAGUGUCGCAUGAAGAGGAGGCCAUGUCUGAAAAUGAUUUUGAAGCAUCCAAACUGGGCACCAAGUCCUACUGGGACAAUGUGUACGAUCGUGAAAAUGACAACUUUAAGGAACUUGGUGACAUUGGAGAGAUCUGGCAAGACAGCGUAGAGCGUAUGGUGGACUGGGCAGUAGAUAAUGUAGAGGACACCAACAGCAGUGUAAUCGAUCUUGGCUGUGGAAAUGGUCAUUUAUUGCUUGCACUGUCUGAGGAAGGCUUCAGCAACCUCACUGGUAUCGACUACUCCGAGUCAGCAAUUGUGCUGGCAAAGUCUGUUGCCAAGGACCGUGAUCUUGAGUCGAUUGAAUACAAAGCAGUUGACUUCCUCAACUCGGAUGAAUGGCGUCAGGACAACAAGCUGUACCAGGUCGUCCUGGACAAGGGCACUUAUGAUGCUAUCUCACUCAAUCCCGAGGAAGAGGAAGCUAAAAAGGAAAACAAGGCCGGACCUAGAGAGCUUUACAUCCAAGCUGUCCACCGUAUGAUUUCGCCCGACGGUGUAUUCUUGAUCACUAGCUGCAAUUGGACAAUGGAAGAACUCAAGGAAGCUUUCAAACAAUGUACGUACUUUAGAUACCAUUCUCAUGUAAAGUAUCCCACAUUCUCCUUUGGUGGCCAAACAGGUUCCAAGAUUUGUACAGUCGCAUUUUCUCCUCUUAAACAAUAA